AUGGCGCCAGCAAAGCAGUCUACGAAGAAGCGCAAGCACAAUGCUGAUGACGCUCCCUCCACUCCCGCAAAGCGCAUCAAUCCGCUCAAGGUUCUCGUUGGCCCGAAGGAAGACGUCUUCUUCAUCCAUGAGGACGUCAUCUGCGCCAGUUCUGCGUUCUUCAAGGCGGCUUGCUCGAAUACCUGGAAGGAAAAUCAGGAGAAAACGGUCAAGCUCCCGACUGCAGAUCCGAAUGCUAUCAUCUGGUGCGCGGCGCAAUAUGUGCUCAGCGACGGUCGGCAAGCAGGAGAUGGGAGCUCACCUGAUCUCAACAUGCUCGGAGAUGGUCGAGAAGGGCGAGAGGCUACAGCAGAAUUCAAUUGA